AUGUCGCGAAUUAAUUCUGAAAUAUCUGACGUUCUUUGUAGCAAUGGAAUUUGUACGAAAAUCUUCGAUAUUUCACGAGUCUCCGGGGGAUGUGUUAAUAAUGCUUUUAAAUUUUCAACUGAUACUGGCGAGUUUUUUGUUAAGACAAAUGAUACUCCAAACUCUAAAAUAAUGUUCGAAGGUGAAGCAGAAUCGUUACGUGCUAUCGCGGCUGCUGUUCCAGACUUUACUUCUCAACCUUUAUAUGUUGGAUCUUUACUUAGCGGCGGCGCGUUUCUUGUUACUACUUUCCUUCGGCUUAGUACAUCCCAUGCAAAAAAUGCUCAAAUCUUGCUUGGACGAAAGCUUGCCACCCUUCAUAUGUCAGAAUCUCCAAAUGGGUUAUUUGGAUUUCCCGUAGUAACGAUGUGUGGAACUACUGAACAAGAUAACACUUGGGAAAAUGAUUGGGAAACAUUUUAUAAGAGGAGAAGAUUGGGUUCGAUUUUAGACAAGUGUUUAAAAAAAAAUCCUCGGGAUACCGAAUUACGGAGAUUAGGUGUCAUUAUAAUUGAUAAAGUUGUUCAUCACUUACUUAAGAACGUUGAAGUAAAGCCCGUUUUAAUUCAUGGUGACCUUUGGAGUGGAAACUGGAGUGUCAAUUCGGUUACCAAUGAACCUGUUAUUUUUGAUCCCGCAUCAUAUUAUGGCCAUAGCGAGAUGGAAUUAAGCAUCAUGACAAUGUUUGGUAGUGUUAAAGGUGAUAAAGAAGUCAGAAAAGAACUUGGGGUGUCAAAGGCCUGUGAAGAUAGAAGAAAGUAUCGUAUGAUGUAA